AAGGCAAAACCAAAAGCCACAGUCACCCAGUCUCACACUCACUCUUUCAUUCACUCCUCAACUCAUAACCUUCCAAAUUCUUCAACGCAUUUUCUCAAUUCUUUAAAACCCUAUUCUCAGUUUCUCACUAACCUUACGAAACCUAUUUUUCCGUACGAUUUUCAGUUUUUUUGCGUAGUCAUCAAUGGAGUCAUCGGUUCAUUUGUUACUACCACCAGCUAAACGCACAGCUUCAACUGGAAUUUCAUCUGAGGAAGAAUACAAAAAACUUAAAUUAUCAAGUGAUACCUUGCCGCAUUCAGCACAUGGCAAUGUUGUAGAUUACAAAAAUCCGGAUGUAAUCUCAGAUGUUAUACAUCGUUUAGAGAGUGGAAAAUAUGGAAGCGUAACAAAGGAUAUUGAAGCCCUUAUAACCCAAAAAAUGAAAACAUUGGGCCCUUACUUUGCAAAAUAUCCUAUUCUUAUCAAUAAAUUAUUGAAAGUGGUGUCGAAUCAUGAGGAAGAAAAUCACAACCCAGAGAAUAAAAAAGUUACUGGUAUGUCGAAUCACAAUGUUAUAGAUUUGGAUUUGGAUGAGGGGGACAUUGAAAGGGAUGUUUUGGCACCAAAAAGAGAAAAGAAUGUUCCUGCAGCACCAUUUCCUGUUGUUAUCAUUGAUUCAGAUGAGGAAGAUGAUAGGGAUCAAACAUGUUUUCUUCCAUUUCAUGAAGUUAUAUUGCCGAAACCAGUUCAGUCUCCUGCAAUAAAAAGAAUUGGAUAUCAUGCUCCCUAUAGUUACCCUGGAGGAAGUGCAGCUCUAGCACUUGAAACAAGUCUGCCUCCUAAAGAUACCAUAAAGAAAGAUAAAGGUGUUCAUGUUGGUGUACACGAGGAAGAAGAUAAUAAGGGCUAUCAUGCUCCCAAUGCUUACAAUGGAGGAAGUGUAGUUGUAGCACUUGAAACAAGUCCGCCUCCUAAAGAUAACAUAAAGAAAGAUAAAGGUGGUUAUGUUGGUGUGCACAAGGAAGAAGAUAACCAGGGCUAUCAUGCUCCCAAUGCUUACCAUGGAGAAAGUGCAGAUCUAAAAUUUGAAACAAGUCUGCCUCCUAAAGAUAACACAAGGAAAGAUAAAGGUGUUUAUGUUGGUGUACAAGAGGAAGAAAAUAAUGAGGUGGAUGCUGAAGAUGAUGGGCUGGAAGAUAUUUGGAGGGAGAUGUCUCUGGCGAUAGAAACUUCUAAAGAUGUUUCUAACGACCAGCCACCUGAAGAAGAGGAAGAAGAUCCUGACUGUGAUCAUUCUUUUGUUUUAAAAGACGACCUCGGUUAUGUUUGUCGCGUUUGUGGGGUUAUUGACAGAGGAAUUGAAACCAUAUUUGAGUUCCAAUACAAGGUUAAAAGGAGCACAAGAACUUAUAUGUCUGAACCGGGGAAUGCCAAAGAAAAAGCAGAUAUAUUUGGAGUUAAGAUUGCUAAAGAUGAUCUCAUGGUAACUGAAAUAUCAGCACAUCCUCGGCAUGCAAAUCAAAUGAAACCGCACCAAGUUGAAGGAUUCAAUUUUCUUGUCAGAAACCUGGCGGGGGACCAUCCUGGGGGAUGUAUUCUGGCUCACGCUCCAGGAUCUGGAAAGACAUUCAUGAUUAUCAGUUUCGUGCAGAGUUUUCUAGGAAAGUAUCCCAAUGCACGACCUCUGGUGGUGCUUCCUAAGGGAAUACUGUCGACUUGGAAAAAAGAGUUUCAGACAUGGCAAGUGGAAGAUGUACCACUUUAUGACCUUUACACUGUGAAGGCUGACAAUAGAUCACAACAAUUGGAAGUCUUAAAACAGUGGGUGGAUAAGAAGAGCAUCCUUUUUUUAGGAUACCAACAGUUUUCUUCCAUUAUCCGUGAUAACUGUAAUAGCAAUGCAUCAAUAUCUUGCCAAGAUAUAUUGCUUAAGGUUCCCUCAAUUCUCAUUUUAGAUGAAGGACACACCCCCAGGAAUGAGAAUACUGAUAUUGUACAGUCGCUUGCAAAAGUACACACACCAAGAAAAGUUGUACUGUCUGGAACCCUAUAUCAAAAUCAUGUUAAGGAGGUAUUUAACGUGCUUAACCUUGUUCGCCCAAAGUUUUUAAAGAUGGAAACAUCUAAGCAUAUUGCCCGACGCAUUAAGAGUAGAAUCCUUAUAUCUGGUGGGAAUGACUUCUGUGAAUUGGUUGAAAAGACUUUGCAAACGGACCCAGAUUUUAAAAGGAAAGUGGCUGUUAUACAUGAUUUGCGGGAGAUGACUGGCAAGGUACUGCACUACUAUAAAGGAGAUUUUCUUGAUGAGCUUCCUGGCCUAGUAGAUUUUACUGUGUUGCUCAAUCUUACACCUAGACAGAAGCAUGAAGUUGAUAAAAUGAAGACGAAGUAUAAAAAGUUUAAGAUGUCUUCUGUAGGGAGUGCAGUAUAUCUGCACCCAAAAUUGGCACCGAUUGCAGAUAAAUGGGAUGAAAAUUCUAUAUCUGAUGUUGAUCGUAUAAUGGAUGAUCUAAUAGUGAACCUCGAUGUGAGAGAUGGUGUUAAAUCAAAAUUCUUUCGCAAUAUGCUGAACCUAUGCGAAUCAAGUGGGGAGAAGCUUUUGGUGUUCAGCCAAUACCUCCUGCCUCUGAAAUAUUUAGAAAGGUUAGCAAAGAAAUGGAAGGGAUGGGGUCUUAACAAAGAAAUUUUUGUGAUUUCAGGAGAUUCAACCACUGAACAAAGGGAGUGCGCCAUGGAAAACUUUAACAAUUCACCUGAUGCCAAAAUAUUUUUUGGGUCCAUCAAAGCAUGUGGCGAGGGUAUAUCAUUGGUUGGGGCAUCCCGGAUCAUCAUCUUAGACGUCCAUCUUAAUCCCUCUGUUACUCGUCAAGCUAUUGGCCGUGCUUUCCGGCCAGGCCAGAAAAGGAAAGUGUUUGUUUAUCGAUUGAUAGCUGCUGAUUCUCCAGAAGAGCAAGAUCACAGUACUUGUUUCAAGAAAGAAUUAAUUUCAAAAAUGUGGUUUGAAUGGAAUGAAUAUUGUGGUGACAGAGCAUUUGAUGUUGAAACAGUUGAUGUGAAGGAAUGCGGUGAUCUGUUUCUAGAAAGUCCAUUGUUAGGGGAAGACGUAAAAGCUCUGUAUAAAAGGUAAUCUAACGGGCAUUCAAUAUAUUUGGGUGGACAAUAGUUUUUGCUCUUUUAUCAGGAAUCAGUUUUAACAUUUCAUUUAAGUUCAGAGAAUUGCUGAAUUGAAUUAGUUGUCAUUUUUACCAUUCAUAUAGUUACGUUUGAUCCAUCUUCCUCACUAGAGGGUGGGAUGGAGAGAUUUAUAGCCAAUUUAAUAUUCUGAACUUGUUUGUAGUGCAGAAAUCCUCUGCUCUAACAUUGAUAUUGCAUCAACUGAUUAGAGGAAUUAUUUAAAAUAAUAUAUGUAUCUCUGGUUGCUUGAGUUUCUAUUA